UUACUGUUUUGGAAAGAGCGCAUGCUCUUUUUGUUGGUUGCCGGUUGGUUGUUGUAGUUACAACUGGAAGAUAAACUGACCAGAUUAAAUUAUUAGCGACAGUAUAUCCUGAUGGGGCGACUUCGCAAAAUAUAAUUAUAAUGACGUAAAACAGUUGAAUGGGACUUGCUACUGUCGGCUCGAGAUGACUGCAGGCAUAACCUCAAAGAGCUGACAUAAAGCAGAUUCCGUCAGCAGAAAAUGCCAGCCGCGAUACGGGACACAGAGGAUUACGAGUCCUCCUCAGAAGACGAACAAGAGGACCACCCAUGCAUCGUCUGGUGUGGCAUCAGCCGGAAGAUGCCAGUCCUGGUUUUCCAUGCCGAAGCCAUAGUCUCCAAAGAUGGGAACAUCCGCUCCGUUGGGGAGCGGUAUAACCUGGCCUACAAGAUUGUCCGAACUGAGAGCCGGCUGGUGCGCGGUAUGCUGACCAACCACGGAUUCCACGAGGUCCACCCAAACAGCAAUGACUUUAACCUAAUGUGGACAGGGUCCCACCUCAAACCUUACCUCCUGCGGAACCUGCAAGACUUUCAGAAGGUCAACCAUUUCCCCAGAUCAUAUGAACUGACCCGCAAAGACCGGCUGUAUAAAAACAUCCAGAGGAUGCAGCAGAUGCACGGCUUUAAGAACUUCCACAUUGUCCCCCAAACCUUUGUGCUCCCCUCGGAGUUCCAGGAAUUCUGCAGCUACUUCUCGAAGGACAGGGGCCCGUGGAUAAUAAAGCCCGUGGCGUCCUCCAGAGGCCGAGGGAUCUACCUGGUCAGCAACCCAAACCAGAUCCCAUUGGAUGAAAACAUCUUGGUCUCACGCUACAUCAGCAACCCAUUACUGAUUGAUGAUUUCAAGUUUGAUGUACGGUUAUAUGUGUUGGUCACCUCCUAUGAACCAUUAAUUAUCUACCUUUAUGAAGAGGGACUGGCCAGGUUUGCGACUGUGAAGUAUGACCGUGCUGCAAAAAACAUCAAGAACCAGUUUAUGCAUUUGACCAACUACAGCGUCAACAAAAAGAGCAGAGACUACGUCAGCUGUGAUGACCCCGAAGUGGAGGAUUAUGGGAACAAAUGGAGCAUGAGUGCCAUACUGAGGUACUUGAAGCAGGAAGGGAAGGACACAGCAUUGCUGAUGGGCCAGGUGGAGGACCUGGUUAUCAAGGCCGUUCUGAGCGCCGAGCUGCAGAUUGCCACGGCCUGCAAGAUGUUUGUGCCCCACAGAACCAACUGCUUCGAACUCUAUGGCUUUGAUGUCCUCAUCGAUUCCAACCUCAAGCCUUGGCUACUGGAAGUGAACCUCUCUCCUUCUCUGGCGUGCGAUGCACCCCUGGAUCUGAAGAUUAAGGCCAGCAUGAUCUCAGACAUGUUUUCUCUUGUGGGGUUCCCCUGUCAGAACCCUUUGGCUCGCCAUCCCCGGCCCGGUCGAGCUGCUCACGACCCGGGCUUGCGGUACCAGGCCCAGAAAUGCCAGCGUCCCUCGUCUGCGCAGCCAGGCGCUGGCAGCGUUAAAGGGGGCCCACGACCCAUUUCCGCUCAUGAUGCUGACACCAAUGGACUGAAGGAGAAGCUAGGGGGGAGGAAAGGAGACAGCACUCUUGGCUUGACUUCAGAAGAGCUGAAGGUGCUGAUGCGUAUAAAAGAAGAGCACGAAAGAAGAGGCGGGUUUGUUCGCAUCUUCCCCACGGCACAGACCUGGGAUCAGUAUAGCGGAUACUUGGAGUACAAGACAUCGAUGAACUGCAUGCUGGCCACCAGGCUUUUCCCAGAACGGAGCGGGCUGAGCGGGAGCGUGCUGCUGCAGGUGGGGGCCCCGCGCCACGCAAUCCAGUACGAGCGGAAACUGCCCUCCCUGGAGGCGCGCAAGCGGAGGCGACGCCACCUCGCCCAGCGCUCGGCCCCCGGAAAGAGGAGAGGAGCCAGAGGACAUAAGGCCCCCUCUCCGGAGAGUACUGAUGAUGAGGAAGCUGAGGAAGAAGAGGAAGAGGAGGAUGAAGAGGAGAAGAGGAAAACUGCUCAGCCCCUGCCUGAAAAAAAGCAGUCCGACUCUCCCCCCGAGGCGCUCGACGAGCCCCACAAAGAGGCUGAGCAAAGUGACACCCAACACAGGCCUGCUACCCCACCUCAGCCCAAACCCAAAAUCAACCUCCUGCAGAUCCUGCAGCAGGGCUGGAAUCUCAGUAAAGUACAGGCGCGUAUGGCCUUCUCCUCCUUCCUUCACCGAGUUCAGAUGAGACUCUUGGCAGAGAGCAGAGGAAACGGCAGCUCAGCCUGGCCAGAGAAGGACGAUGACCAAAUGGAGCUGGUGAUCCGCUUCCUGAAGCGUGCCGCCGGCAACCUGCGGCAGGACCUGAGGAUGGUGCUGCCCAGUCGGCGGCUGCCGCUGCCGGACCGGCGGCGCAUCUUGUCCCACCAGCUGGGGGAGUUCCUCCACUGCUACAACAAGGAGACGGAGCAGAUGGUCAAGAAAAUGGAAGAGCUCAAAGACGAGGAGCACUGCGUUGACCCAGAUAUUUUUCAGCAGUUUGUCGCUGAGGCCAGCGAAAGCGAUCUGGAGGAAGUCCUGACAUUCUACACGCAGAAAAACAAAUCUGCCAGCGUCUUCCUGGGAACAGCGAGCCGAAGGCCCAAGGCCAGUAACGGCUGCACGAGCUCGGGUGAAUCAGCACAGUCCCAGAGCCAGAGGGCUGUCUCCGCGGCCGAAGAGGAGUCCGGUCCCUGUGAGCCGUUGCCGCGCGGCGUCGGACCCUCCGCACCCCAGCCGCCGGUCCCCGCCUCCCAGCCCGCCACCGUUCACCCCCCAGCUUUGGACUGUGCCCACAUCCACCUGCAGCACUGUUCCCCCCCGCCCCAGCCCAAAUCCCAGCCAAAGUGCCUGGGCCCGCCCCUAGUCCCCCUGCCGCCGCAUCCCCCGCCCCAGACCACAGCUCCUGCUCUGCCGAGGCCACGCCCCCAGCCCCGCCCCGAUUCAUCUCAAGCCCCGCCCCUUGCGCCACCUCAUGCUCCCGGGCCCGCCUCGCUUCCUCGUGCCACCUGGGCCACCGCCUGCCACGGCUCUGCACCGUUGGGCCACGCCCCGCAGGAGCCCCCGCAGCGGGGGCGGCCCUGCGCUCAGACCCCGCCCACCUCUGUCCCGGCUACGCUCGUCCCCAGCACCGCGCAGAUCUACAGUCAGAAGCUCUCCCGGCCCAUCUCAGCGCGACAAGCCUCCCGGAAGCCCAGCCCCAGCAGGUCCAGGCCCAGCUCGGCGGGGCUGUCCAAGGACGCGGACGCGCUCCUGCCCCAGAGCGGCUCCGACCAGCAGGCCAUCGUCACCGCCCUUAAGAAGCUGGCGGAGAAGCAGGCCGCCCGCCAGUACUCCGCCUCCAGCCACAUCAGCCUCCUCACGCAGCACCUGACCAACCUGAACCUGGCCAAUGGGGCGUUCAGUAGAGCUGGUUUCACACUCAACCCAUCGGUCCGUCAUGGGACGCUGACCCACGGACCAGUCCGAGCUGUGCGCGCCGAAACCAGCCCCAUGAGGGUCCCGCGGGACGACGGGGACACCCUGAGCGACGGAGACGCGCACGGCGCCUACGGCCUGGUCACGGGGGUGGCCCCGCAGCAGCGCUACCACCCCACCUCGGGCAGCUACCAGCUGCAGUUCGCCAUCCAGCAGCUGCAGCAGCAGAAGAUGCAGUCCCGGCAGCUUCUGGACCACAGUCGCGCUCGCCACCAGGCUAUCCUGGCGGCGCAGAACACCGCACCCCCUCCCGCCACCGCCCCCCGGCCCCCCGCCCCCCCCGGCGCCGCAGCCGGCCCGUGGGCGACCCACCCGCCCCCGCAGAACCAGGCCCACGCCAAGGGGGGGGGUCCAGCCCUGGCCCCGAAACCGCCCCCCAGCACCCGGGAGGGCCUCGUCCGGAAGACGGCCGCCCAGCGCCUCAGCAGGCAGUGCUCUUCUGAGGCCCGCGGCGGCGGUGGCGGCGGCGGCGGCGCUGGAUCCAACGCGCAACACGUGGUCUACGAGGCCGUCUGCGGGAAAGCAGGUCUGUCUUUGUAUAGCAAGCUGUUCCAGAGUUACGGCUCCAAAAACAGGUGAGGAGUGUGGAGGACGCCUGCCUGGAGCCUGCCUGUAUGAGUGAUCUGCGGGUCCCUGGGUUGCGUCCGCACCUUUUCUGCUCCAGGACGCUGAAGUGCAUGCUGGGAAUGAAGAAGAUCACAACAGUACCUUAUGUGCGGAAAUCCAGGAGAUGUGCUCUUACUAACCAAGUAGAAUGUCUAGUUUGAACCCUUGCGAGAACUGUCAACAUGUUUAUGAAAACCUGCAAAACCUCAAAAUAUUCUCUUUUUGCGAGCAGUUUUCUUUGGCUUAUUUGUAUGUUGGGCUUUAUUUCGAAGGUUGCUAUGGUGGCCUUGUGAAAUUUCCUAUGCAACAAGCUUUUGAGAUAUGGACCUAGCGGAGAGCAGCUUACAAAGCCUUUUCGUUUGAAGUCCCAGGCUGAGAUUGAGCCAAUCGCCCUUUCUCCUGUGACAAAGUACAGA